GCUGGCUCUAAAGAGGCCCCGGGUCAGUAGCCAGACAUAAGCUGUGAGGGUCAAGCACAGCUAUCCAUCCGAUGAUCUACUUUCAGCCUUCCUGAGUCCCAGACAAUAGAAGACAGGUGGCUCUACCCUUGGCCAAGGGUAGGUGUGGCACUGGCGUCUGCUGUCACUGUGCCCUCGUUGGCCCCCAGCAAUCAGACUCAACAGAUGAAGGAGCUGCCAUCCGAGGCUACCAAACCAGGGCCAUUCACCAGGAGUAUGGGGCUCCCUGAUGUCCAGCUCUGGUUGGUGCUGCUGUGGGCACUGGUACAGGCACAGGGGACAAGGUCUGUGUGUCCCUCCUGUGGGGGCCCCACACUGGCACCCCAAGCAGAACGAGCUCUGGUGCUGGAGCUAGCCAAGCAGCAAAUCCUGGAGGGGUUGCACCUGACCAGUCGUCCCCGAAUAACUCAUCCUCCACCCCAGGCAGCGCUGACCAGAGCCCUCCGGAGACUACAGCCAGGGAGUGUGGCUCCAGGGAAUGGGGAGGAGGUCAUCAGCUUUGCUACCGUCACAGACUCCACUUCAGCCUGUAGCUCCCUGCUCACCUUUCACCUGUCCACUCCUCCGUCUCACCACCUGUACCAGGCCCGCCUGUGGCUGCACGUGCUCCCCACCCCUCCCAGCACUCCUUACUUGAGGAUCUUCCGAUGGGGACCCAGUAGGAGGCGCCAAGGGUCCCGCACCCUGCUGGCUGAGCACCACAUUACCCACCUGGGCUGGCAUGCCUUAACUCUGCCCUCUAGCGGCCUGAGGGGUGAGAAAUCUGGUGUCCUGAAACUGCAACUAGACUGCGGACCCCUAGAAGGCAACAGCACAGUUAUUGGACAACCAAGUCAGCUCUUGGACACAGCAGGACACCAGCAGCCCUUCCUAGAGCUUAAGAUCCGAGCCAAUGAGCCUGGAGCAGGCCGGGCCAGGAGGAGGACCCCCACCUGUGGGCCCGCGACCCCCUUAUGUUGCAGGCGAGACCAUUACAUAGACUUUCGGGAACUGGGAUGGCGGGACUGGAUACUGCAGCCCGAGGGGUACCAGCUGAAUUACUGCAGUGGGGAGUGCCCUCUUCACCUGGCUGGCAGCCCAGGCAUUGCUGCCUCUUUCCAUUCUGCUGUCUUCAGCCUCCUCAAAGCCAACAACCGUUGGCCUGCCAGUACCUCCUGCUGUGUCCCCACGGCCCGAAGGCCCCUCUCUCUCCUCUACCUGGAUCGUAAUGGCAAUGUUGUCAAGACGGAUGUGCCAGAUUUGGUGGUGGAGGCCUGCGGCUGCAGCUAGCAAGAGGACUUGGGGCUUUGGAAUGAAGAGACCAAGUUGGAGGUUCCCAGGCACAGGGCAUCUGUGGCUGGAGGCGUCAGAUUCCUGAUCCACACCCAACCCAACAGCCAUCUGGCAAUAUGACUCACUUGACCCCAAUGGGACACAAAUGAGCACUUUCUUGUCUGAGACUCUGGCCCGAUCCAGGUUGGUUGAUGUGUUGGGAGAUGGGUAAAGCGUUUCUUCUAAGGGGAUCUCCCCAGAAAGCGCGAUUUCCUCCCCUAAGUCCCGUGAGAAGAUGUCAGGACGAGGGAGGGAAGGAGGGAAGGCAGAGAAAAAUCACUUAGCCUCUCCCAAGACGAGAAAGUCCUCAAGUGAGAGGAGGAGGAAACAGAUAGAUGGUCCAGCAAGCUUGGAGGAGGGUAAGCAGGCUGACCCAGGGUAAGAGCUGUUGAGAUGCCUUAAGGGAGGGUCAAGAAGGAGAUGAACAAGGCACUGAGGGAAGAUGCUUAGGGGCCCCCCAGAAACAGGAGUCAGGAAAGAGAGGUGCUAAACCUAAGAAGGUCCCUGGUUUCUCCCAGAAGACAGGACCCAGUGGGAGACAAGCAUUUAUUCUUUUCUCAUGAAAAGGAAAAAG